AUGGCCAGCCUAAAGCUCAGAAAGCGUUUUGGAUAUACGUCCCUGGAGCACCUGACGCUCGGAUUGAUGAAUAAACUGAAUAAGCUUCCACGGGUGACUGACGUGAAGCUAGAUGCUGAGCUACCAUGCAAAACUGCGGAAAUUACGGCUUGGGAGACGAAAAACUCUGUACGCUUACCAGACGACAUGAAGCAAUUCUAUCUGUCGACCGAUGGGUUUAGUGUGAAAUGGACAUAUUGCUACUCUAAACGUAAACAGAUAAGUGUAGGGCACCUGAACAUACCGAAAUUGAGACAAAUCCGGAACCUCGAUUUGGACGCCCCAGGAAGAAUGUUCGAGUUAGACCGCGUAGGAGACUUGGGUGUUGUUUAUCUCGUUUACAGGACGCGCGAGACAACACGACCGGAAAUCUACAUUAUGGAAACGGACACUUUGAAAUUUACCUUUUUGGCGCACUCUUUUACCAAUUACUUGCGCAUGAGCAUCGUGCAUCUUGGACUGCCGUACUGGCAAUUAGCCUUUGCUAGCUGUGGCCUGCCAGGGUGGGCGGAACAACUUUUCCUACUACUGGCCCCACAUUUACUGAACGAA